AUGACAUUAAUUACUAUUUCACAAUCAUUGGAUGAGGCAUUCACCAAGAACAAGAUUGUUCCUGAUGUUGUUGACGAUUUUGAAACCCAAGGAUUAUUAUCAAUUGAAUAUGGCCCCACUGAAUUAGUGACCUUGGGUAACACUUUAUCAGUUUCUGGUACUCAAGAUAAACCCAAGAUUCAAUUGACGUUGAAUUCCCCAACCGAAGAUGGUAAAAUCGAGUCGAUUAACGAGGGGGACAAGUUUAUCUUGGUUUUAACUGACCCUGAUGCACCAUCAAACAGUGACCACAAGUGGUCAGAAUAUUUACAUUGGUUGGUUACUGAUAUCACUUUGCCUAAUUUGAAAACUGAAUCUGGAGAACCAGAAAUUAGCCAUUUUAUUGAUGCUGCGCAAGGUAAAGAGGUGUUUAAAUACGAAGGUCCAGGUCCACCACCAAAGACAGGUAAACACCGUUAUGUGUUUUUGUUGUUUAAACAAGAUCCAAAAGUUAGUAAAUUUGAAGCACCAAAAGAUAGACCCAAUUGGGGAACUGGUACUCCAUCAAGUGGAGUAAGAGAUUGGAUCAAGGCACAAGCGCCAGGAUCAAAGUUGUUGGCAGUAAAUUUUUUUUAUGCUCAAAACGAGGAUAAUUAA